GAGACCACCACUCAACAAGUAUGCCUAAAACCGUGAAAGCGCCCAAGAAGGGCUCAAAGAAAGCCGUCUCUAAGGCCACCAAGACCGGCAAGAAGAGGAGAAAGUCCAGGAAGGAGAGCUAUGCUAUCUACGUCUACAAGGUCCUGAAGCAGGUCCACCCCGACACCGGUAUCUCCUCCAAGGCUAUGGGCAUCAUGAACUCGUUCGUGAGCGACAUCUUUGAGCGCAUCGCCGGGAAAUCCUCUCGUCUGGCUCAGUACAACAAGCGCUCCACCAUCACCUACAGACUUGUGGUCAUCUUUCCUGUGUACAAUGGUUACAGAGGCACACUGAACUAG